UGAAGAACAAUGAGGUUGGUGGCCAGGCCUGUAACAACAAAAUGAUAACUAAAUCAGCGUGCUCUGGCUUUUUUGUACUUUAACCCCAGCCAUUGCGUAUCAAGAUUUUACACUGAUCCACGGUCAGUGCUUAGGCAUUCGUCCACAUACAUGCACACUGAGACUGUUGGUGCGAGUUCAAACAUACAAUAGCCUAGGUAUUGUGUUUCACUUUCUGUUUCUUGAAGAUGUCGACAUAAAUGCGUUGUGUUCGUUCGGACGAUUAAACAAAAGGUAAAAUCUAGGUGCAUAUUAAGGAUAGCCACGACGUAGGACAACUCUAUGGAGAUACACAUCGCUAUAAAAUGACAUUUCUCAAAGUAAUCUCCACAACUGUUGUCAUUUCAGAUAAUUAUGUAGUCUACGUUACUGGACUUCCUUAAAUUAGUAUUUUCAUCUGGUUUCUCUAACGCGCAUCGUUUAUAUGGACCUAGCUAUAUGGACGGGAAAACCACCGAUAGCCUACAAAUUAAUCGAGCAAAUUAAGGGACCACAUGUUAGCAUGAACGCAACCUGAUAAAUAUUUAUGUCGGAUGUAAACAGCAAGGGGCUUGUUUACCAUCAACGAUGAUUAAUGAAAGUAACUUUACAGACCGGCUAAGCUAUUGUAUUUUGCUCAGGCUCCUUAGCAAUAAUAUUUUAACAAAAGCAUGUAAUCGCAUAUUAAUUUAAUAGAUUACUCAUCCAUUUUGAGUCCUGUUCGUUGCGAAAAUAAUAUGCAGUACUCAUAACCGUAAAUUGGCUUGAAAAAGCUAGCUUUUAACUUACUUUUUAACUUACUGUUCUUAUUAUUGGAUCUCCUACCACUAUUCUUUUUCCACAUCAAUUUUCUGUAGGCUACACUACCCAUCCCUACUGAAAGCUAAGUUUUGAAACAGCCGGUACUAGCUGCUUGACCAGUAAGACCAGCUCCAUACUCAACAUGGUUUGACCAGCUCAAGAUAUGUUUUGAGAGUUGGUAGCUGGUGUUUCAAGCUAGCCAUAGCUGGAUUUUACACCAGGGAUCCUACAGCUUUUCAGCCAGACACAACACAUUUGGCCAAUAGUUUCACCUAGUAGGCUAUGGCAUUGCUUGUGCUUUUUGUGUCAGUAGCCCACCUAUUUUUUUCUGAUAUUUCCGCUUUUAUAUCGAAAAAACCCAUGGAUUAACAUUGAUGGAAUGUUCAGAAUCUGAACAACACAUUUGCAGCUGACAUCACAAUCGGCCGCUGCAGCUUCCACAGAUACAUAACAGACCAUCUCUCUAAAAAAGCUUCCAACGGACGAAAUCUCUGUCAAGAUGGAAGCAGAGGGCUGUACAGUCACGGUGAGCGGUUUACCCACAGACAUCGAAGAAGACCGGCUGACAGACAAGCUCUGCAUUCACUUCCUGAGGAGCAGGCAUGGAGGAGGGGAGGUCACCUCAGUCAACAUCAUCAAGACGAUGCCUAGCUGUGCCCUCAUUACCUUUGAGGACAGUCAGGUGGCCCAGAGUGUGGUUCAAUACGGAAAGCACAUUUUAUUGGUGGACGACAAGGAGUACGAACUCACUGUGAGUUUUCCAAGCAAAGAAGUCGACCAGGAUAAGGUGUUCAUGUGCAUGACGGUGACAGUGGACUAUAACUGGCUGCCGAUGGGGAAGGAGGCGCUGACCAGCGUGCAGCAGAGCUCUCCUGGGGUCCAGUGUGGCUUCGACCUUCCCGCGGGACUCUGCACGCUGAGCGGGCCUUUCUCUGUGGUCCAGGCCAUAGUCGCCCAGCUGCUGGGCUUUUUAGAAAAACCUGAAACUUUAGAAAAACCUACAAGACAGGCCUCUGUCCCAGAUCUGGGAGGCUUUGGUCGGGUUUCCCCUGAGGUUCCUCCUUGCCGGACACUAGAGGGCAGUAGCGGGACCAGCAGGAGAAGGGGGCCACGGGCGGAACCCCUGCUGCAGGAUUACGAUCAGUCCGUGGUUGUGGACAUAGAUACCUUCCGCUACCUUCAGAAGCGCUGUGGGGAGGAGUACGAGAGCGUGCUGAGGCGGCACGGGGUGGAGGCUCUCGACGUGACCGCGGCGGGCGUCACCACCCUGGUCCUGCAGGCCAGGCGGGGGCAGACGCCGGGGGAAGGGGGCCUGCAGGAGGCACGCCGCAACCUGAGGCGGCUGUGCCAGGAGACGGAGAGCCGGCUGUGCAGGGAGCGGCUCCUGAAGGACUGCGGCCCUCGGGAGGGCCUCCAGCAGGCCCUGGGGGUGCUGAAGGCCCAGCUGCCCCGGCUGCUGCUGGGAGAGGACCGCAAGCACAUCUCCAUCGUGGGCAGCAGCAGCGACGUCGCGGAAGCCAAGCGCUUCCUGCUGGACCUGCGCGCCGAAGAGGAAGAGAGGCUUCGCCCGAGGCUGGACCGGGCUGGGCCGGGUACCAGCACGGGGAAAACACUCACGACCUUCAUGGGUGGCAGUCUGGAAGGAGCCAGGGAGUACAGCUCGGCUGCCAGAUUAAGGGACACACAGGGCAGGGAUCGUGGGCAGGAUAGGCUAGGCACCAGGCUUGGAAACACACUGUCGACAUCUAGCAGUGCAUUCGGUGCCUUUCCGGAGUUUUCCUCUGCUCAUAAACAACGGCUAGACAUCAAUUCCCUCCUAGGCAGUGGUCCAGUUUUCGGCAGUGGUCAAAUAUUUGGUAAAGAGAGGCAAGGGGUAGGUGUCGGUGGUCUAAAUCUGGAAGACCAAAGAAAGUUUGGUUCAAAAGGGCAGGACAUCCCAUUGGAGCAGUCGGAUCCUCUAUCAGCUGCCUCUGCGGAGAGCAGGUCCUUCUUGUGCUCCACUCUGAUAGACUCAGGCCUGCCCAAUGAAAAGCUGCAGCUCGGGAGUUCCCUGAGCUCUCUGCAAUACAUGGACCUGUUUGGAGAGAGAAGGGUCCAGUCAGCCACUACCCCCUGUUCAGAAUCUAACUUCAAAACCACAUUGAGACGGUCUAGCAGUUUCUCUGGCUAUACCAGGAACAAACGGGAUCAGAAAGUGGGCGAGGCUAGUGGUUCGGGAGAGAAGCUAAGCAGGGGUAACCAAAGCACUCCAGGGGUCAGCAGAGAGGAACAGGAGGCGUACAGUGCGGAGGUGCAGGCUUCUACAGUCAUGUGGGAAUAUAUGAAGGAGGCCUAUUCCGCUCGGCUGGAGGACAUCAUCUCGGGGUCGCAGAUGAAGGAGGGCCAAUCAGACGGUGGCGUUACGACUAUAAUCUUGAGAGGGGCGGAGCGGUCCAGUUUGGACGGCUGCCAGCGGGAGCUCAAGAACAUGGUUGCCAUGGUCGCCACGGACUUCGUCGUGCAGGAGCUGCCGCUGGCCCGGCUGGGCGUGGGCGACCCGCAGGACGACACCCUGGAGAUCUGCUGCGACGAGGUGCGGAGAAGGUUCCGGAAGGUGAAGAUCCAGAAAGGGCAGGAGAGUCUGGCCAUCACCGGGCCCCGGCAGCUGUGCGCCCAGGUGGCCGGGGCUCUGGAGGAGGUGUUCCACGACGGAGCCGAGAGGAGGAAAAGGCAGCGAGGGAGGCCGCCGUGGGCCGGGGGAACUUCGGACACCUCCCUGACCGUCGACAAGGACAACCCGGACCAGAGUAGCAGCCUCGCUCCCCCGGACGGCUCGCGGGAGGAGCCGGCGACACAGAGAGAAGAGGAGAUGGGGCCGGCCGCCGGCGAGCGCAGUCAAAACGCUCAGAGGGUAUCAGGAGGCGGCGGACAACAUGCCAGUCAAUCGGCUGCCCAGAAAGAACCCAUCAUCAUGGAGAAGCUCCGGAGGGGCUCGCCCAAGGAUGGUAAGCACAGCAGAGCCAAUGCAGCCGUGUUUACUCACCGAGCGUUAGCGUCCACGCGGAAAGCGGUGGUAAUGGCCAGUACUGGGCUCCUGUCCCAGUCAGGACCGGGGAACCCUCCCAGGGAGAGCAGGGGACAGAGGGGCCAGAGUCGCCCGGGGUCGGGGACCUCACGAGACCAGGACUGACAGUGGGAAGUCUGGAAACGGAAGCCCUGGACUCUGGGUAGGUCAGCCUCUCGACUGAAGGAUCCCGGGAGCUGAAGGAAGCACCGGCCGAGAGCAGACGACAAUCACAGAUGUGUAUUUCUCACAAUAAUGCUGUGGGCACUUGAGAACGUGUCUAUUCGUGUACGUGGUGCAGAUACGAUUUCCAGGUACGAACAUUGGCAAAGGAAAUGAAGAAUGUACAAUUCCUUGGAACUGAUCAGUAGCCGUCUUGUUUGGCUUUGAGAGCUUUAUUGAAAAC